AGCAAAAGAACCAAGAUGCAUUCCUUAUUUUUAUUCUUAAACCUUACUUUGUGCUUUCUACCUUUAACUUUGGCGACAGUAGUUCCUGACUUUAAUCACGUGGAGAGAUGUAAGGACUCUCUAUAUAUGGGAACACCACCACGGGGCUUUACCGACAUCGGGCUGAAAAAAAUCUGCCAACGCUACGCAGACAGACCUCGGUACGUGACCUUAUACGACCCCAAAAAGAGGAUCCCGGUGUACUCUGCUUACUCAUUCAAGAAAACCGAAGGGGAUAGGCGAGUGGACUAUCCCUGGAUGUAUGAACCACAGUUGGCUGAAACAGAUGGAAAUGGUAACAUGCUGCCCUUCCCCACUGGAUACCUGCAUAUGAAGUUUGAAGACAGCCAGGCGGUCCUUGAUGACUAUUCGGAUGUGGUUCUUUAUGAAAGAGGCCAUCUAAAUCCUGACCAGCACCAGUCCACUCCACACGACCGUGCCGCUACUUACACUUUGACCAAUGUAGUCCCUGAGAUCCGUGAGUUCAACAUUGGCCCAUGGCGUGAGUAUGAAGAGCGCAUCCGAGUCCGUCUAAACAACUUCUGCCGUGGCACUGCCUACAUCGUAACCGGGGUGACCACCAGGGGUAACAUGAUUCGCCGUAACAACCAGGACCGUGUGGCUAUCCCUGAAGACAAAUGGUCUGCUUACUGCUGCACAGAAUACGACCGGAACGCACCUCACGACGUCCGGAUUCGCUUCCCGUCCCAUGCGGCUCUGGCCAAAAAUGCCAAAGAGGGUAACAGUGUCCAUGAGAUGACAGUAAUGGAGCUGGAGAUGUUCCUCAAAGAUAACCUGGAGGUCGACCAGAACCUUCAGAUCUUCUAUGACAACUGCAUUUCUCCAUCACCACUUCCUGUUUACCUGCAACAUACCAUCUAAACAUCUGAAUGUGUACAUG